CUGAUAUGUUGGUUCGUCGGUGUGAAUUUCCUGCAAUGAGGCGAGAUCCCUUACAAAUGACCAUGUUCCCUAAUGUGAAUCCAAAUGCCAACGAAGAAGAAGAGGAAAUAAAGUGGACAGUCGAGGGCUUGCAAGAAAGCUUAGAGAACGAUUCAAGCUGGUUCCGUAAAGUGACCGUUGGCUCUGAUUGCUAUGCUGGCUUUGCUGUCUGGACUUUGGAGUCGAGCAGUGGAAAAACAAGGCGCAAGGCAAACUCGAACGAGAGGCGUGAGUCCUGGAAUCCUGCGUCACUAGAUUUGAGAGCUUGGAAUCAAGUCUCUAAGCGUCUUAGAGAAGAGCGCCAAAAAGUGUUGGAUGGCAAACAAAACGUAUGGAGAUUGAAUACGAUAUCGGUGGCACCAGAGUAUCAAAGGCAGGGCGUUGGGUCUAUGCUGCUGCAGUGGGGCUGCGAUAAGGCAGACUCUUGUGGCUGGAAUUCCUUUGUUAUGGCAUCUCCUGAUGGAGUUCGACUCUACAGCAGAUUCGGUUUUGAAGUUAUGGGGCAGGUACAGACAGAGCAUGGUACCUUCACAAGUAUGUUUCGGGAAUCGAAACCGUAUGUGGGACAAGAAAAGCAAGCUGGGUUUGUUGAUAUUUAAAUUUAAAUAUCAA